AUGAGCAGCCGCCACGCGUACACGCUGCCUGUCACGUCGGCGAAUUAUGUACCUCUUGGAACAAGAGUUUUGUCAUUUGGAUCGCGUCUCGCUUGCAGGAGUGUCGGAAUAGUUUGUGAAUGCGGCGCCAUCAUCCAGGGCAAGUGCACUCCUGAGGAGAUCGAGAGACACAGAGCCUCCAAUCGCCACCAGCGCAACAUGCUCCGGCACAGCGGCAAGGAGGUGGUGGCUUGUGAGGAGGUCUCUGAAUAUCGUGAUGCUGCUCUGGCACUGGUAAACUCGAAUGAUGUGGUCCUGGAGGUCGGCUCGCAUGUCGGCGGCACCACCAAGGUUAUUGCAACCAUGGCCGGCCGUGUGGUGGGUGUGGAUCAGCAGCCGGAGCUUGUGGCGCAAGCUCGAGAAAAUCAUCCAGAGAUCCAGUUCGAGAAUUUCGACGCCUUCGAUUCCACGAAGCUGAUGGCGCUGACAAAGUCCCUUCAGCCGCAACGAUUCACAAAGGUUUUCAUCGACAUCAGCGGAAGCAGGGACCUGGCUACGGUAUUCAGAAUGAUGGACUUGGUGGACAAGAUCAUUGGCCCUGAUGCCAUGGUUGUGAAAUCACAGGCGGCUGCAGUGAGUGUCCAUGCCUGA